UGCCGCAGUACCUUCUGCCCCGUCAUCAGCUGGUCUCCGCCGUGCAGGAAGUAAUGAGUUACACAUGAUAUAUGCCUAAUUUUUCAACCUACGAAAGUCCGGGAGUACUACCCAGUUCAGGGCCAACAGGCAAGAUGGUCCGGACGGCGAUGCUGCUGUUUGUGGGGGUCUGCGUUUUACUGUUUGUGCGGGAGGGCAGCAGCGGGGAUUGGACGGAGGAGAAGAAUAAUCACAAGCUUAGAAAGCUGACUGAAAGCAAGCUGGAGAAACUGGUAAAGGAUGUAGCCAACAUUGAUGACAUGUGGGAGAAACUUCUCAGACCCAUGUUGAAGGAAAGGGUUCCAGGUACGCCGGGAAACCAGAUGGUCAGACAGCACAUUGUACAACAGUUGAAUAACCUGAAGGCAGGCUGGACUGUGGAUGAGGACAGAUUUACUGACAGCACUCCAUAUGGGGAUGUGGAGUUUGUCAACAUCAUUGCCACACUGAACCCACAGGCCAAGAGGCAUCUAACACUGGCCUGCCACUACGACUCCAAGAAGCUGAAAGGCUUUAUCGGUGCCACCGACUCGGCUGUACCCUGUGCCUUGAUGCUGAAUAUUGUGAAGAAUCUAGAUAGCCAGCUGGGUAGUAUAAAGAACAAGCAACAAUACCUUCGGGAAUGGUGGCAGCGUUUCCAGGUGUGGGCUCGAUGGGAAAGGCUGAGUGCUGAGACUUGGGAGGGGGCUAGACAGUAUGCACAACAGGAACCAGACUUGACUCUUCAGUUGAUAUUCUUUGAUGGAGAGGAGGCCUUCCGUGACUGGACAAGUACUGACUCCAUCUAUGGAGCACGGCAUCUGGCAAGGCAACUGGAAGAGAAACCACAUGAGCAGGACCCCAGUCGAAAAAUGCUGGAUGGCAUGGAUGUGAUGGUCCUGCUGGACUUGCUGGGUGCCAAAAACCCCACCUUCCCCAACUUCCAGUUCCGAGGCUCGGCUGAGAAGUGGUACAACAGGCUGAAGGAUAUCGAGAAAUCCCUGCAUGCAAAAAAACUCCUGGAUGAACACUACUCUUCCAACCAGUACUUCACCGGACGUCAGUAUAAUGGCAGGAUCGAGGAUGACCACAUCCCCUUCCUAGAAAGAGGUGUGAACAUCCUCCACGUGAUCUCGGCUCCCUUCCCGCCCCAGUGGCACAGGUCGACAGACGACGAGGCUCACCUGGACAAGCCCACCACCGCCAACCUCAACAAGAUCCUCACCGCCUUCGUGUACGAGUACCUGCAUCUAGCCAGCGCCAGGAAAUGACUAAAGGCAGAUCUGUAGACAGUCUUUACCUUCUCCCUGCUGAGGCCUUUCACACCACAUGUAUUGGUUAUGGGUGUAAGAGGGAGGAGGUUAAAACAGUUGUCUACAAAUGUGCUACUGAAGGAAUAGAGAGAUGGUGAAGAGAUGAUGUCAUGAUAGUAAAUAAAGCUAUUUGACCAAAGUUUGUGUUUUGUGAAUUGUGAUAUGUAAAAGAUUCUUUUGGCACUGAAACUGGUUACAGUUCACUGACUCAUGAGUAUCUUCGUCACUGUAAAUGCAUUUACGUUCGCAGGGAUUUAAUUUCGCGGUGGCGGGAAAAAGCUGCUCGCGGUGGUUUUAAGUUCGCGGUAGCACCAUGCACUGCAGUCUCUCACUGCCAUGGAAAAUUGACAAAUUGAAUGUGAAUUGACAACAUGAAAACCACUAACAUAAAAUCACUGCGAACGAGUCUACAUUUACAGUAACUCGUCUUCCAAGAUGUCAUUGGAACAUAAUCCUCAACACUACACAAUAAGUCAGGUACACAGCUGCUAAAGUUGUUUUGGAAGGCACCAUUGUUCUACCUGAUGUUCCACCUUUGGCUGGAGCACAGGAAGUGCCUUGUACACAACCCAACCUAACAUGUAAAGUGCAAUCCUACAAUACCUGGAGUUUAGACAUCCUUACCACUACCAAUGAGAAGCUAAAGAAUGACUAGGGCAUAUAUAUGUCUACUGGAAACACAGCCUGUAGAAACAUGGUGGUUUGAACUCUCUAGCUAGCUGGGCUGAAUUGUGGAUUCCCAAAAUGCCACUUAUCCGGUGUAAGAAGGUUAGCAUGGGUACCAUUGUGGUUAGUUCAAAUUCACACCUACCAUGUCUGGGGCAAGUUUAAACUAACUAGGCUGGUACCCAGAAUUGAGUAACCAGAAACAAAUAUUAGUAUAAGAAAACUUCUGGGUUUAUCAGAGCUACUCAAGUGUUCUUGUGAUGAUUUUAAGAGAACAUGUAUUUUUGAUGUUACAAAGAUAAGGUGAUUCUAUAUUUUAAGAGAAAUCUCUCACCAACAGUCAUCACCAUCAAUGGAGGUGCAGUGUGAUAGUAGCAAAUGUUAAAAGUGGUCUACGCAUUUCAAAUAUCUGAUGUAUGUGACAGUAUAACAAAAAAUCUCAGCAUAUUCUGUAUUAAUUGAAGGUAUCAUGAAUAUUGUAAAUGGAUGGUUUGCAGCCCAUGGGCAUGGGGUGUUGUUAGACUUUGAUUUUUAGAUGGUAUGUUUUAUAUAUGUGUGCUCUGUAGUAGUCCUUCCUCCUGUAGGACAAGUCCAUUCCAGAAAGUAAGGAAAGUUAUGGUUGUAAACCAUAACGUUAUAAGGUGCAGAUGAUUAUGUCAUGUUUUAUUUCAUGAAAAGAAGUCUUAUGCUGAAGUACAUCUAACUAUAACUAUGGUCAAGACUACUCAAGAAGACCAUGAAUAUUACAGAUUAAAAUUGGGGUCUAUGUGGACAAGUGGUCACAAUAGAAAGGAUUCAAAAUAUAUCACCAAAUAGUGGUCAGAUUGGCCAGGUGUUCUUAAUGUAGAUGCGUCUAGCUGUAUUGGUUUUACGUAGUACUGUAUGAUGUUUAGAAUGCCUUAAAUACUUUUACGAUGUGAAUGUUUUAAUUGAGAGCAGUUUAUGAACCACACUGGCAAUGUCUUUUUGUGGGGCAGAUAAAGGAAGGCAGACUGAUAAAUGUACUUCAAAUUGCUGAGGUGAAAAACCUUGUUAGAGGAGGGUUUUGUGGUGACUGAUGUAUUCAAUGCUGUGUUCUGUCCCACCAAGGAGGUUAUAGAGGCUCCACAAGAACAUUUUGGAUGUAAUAAACAAUGUUUACAAUCUG